AUGGCGGCGGCAGGAAGCGCCCGUGGCACGUGUAAGAGCGGCCUUGAGACGGCGGGUCGACGAACGCCGUGCCGCGCGCCUCCUUGCCCGGCCCGCGCUGCCGUAGCCUUUGUCCCGCCGCUCUUGCCGAACACCUAUCCAGGCGGGCGACCCCAACCGCCCGUCCUGUCGCCUAUUGAUCGUCCCGACCCCGGUGCGUUUCGCUACACGCGAGCCUACACGUUCCCGAAAUCGGCCAAAGGUCAACAAAUCGCCCGACCCGAACGCGUCCACUUCCCGAGUGCGAUAAAGGAUGAGGGAGGGCAGGGCGGCGAGGACCGGGGGAAA